UUUUUCAGGGCCCCUAAAACUGCCACCAUCUUCUUAGUUGUGGCUGGAUGUGGCAUUGAAUUAAGAUCUUUUCUACAUGAAAACAGACAUCUACGUGCACCCGCUACCUAAAAAAAAGUCGGGUGUCUAGUCUCACCAGCAGGAUGUGACAUUGUGUUCAUCAGACGAUAACAAAGCAGUUUUAAUGUAGAAAUUGUGGGGAUCCAUUAAGUACAUCAAACUACCUGAAAUCUAUCCCUCAUCUGCCUCUAAUACCUCUAAACUGAGCUAUCAUGGCCAGACAGGACACUCCCCUCUUCCUCCAUGGCUUUGACCUCGGUGGUCACUUUGUUGACCUUCGACCUCUUGGCUCAGGUGUCACCGGCCUGGUACUCUCAGCAGUGGACCAGCGCUAUGGACAGCGUGUGGCAAUUAAAAAGCUGGUGAUGCGUGACGCUGUGUCAGUGAAACAUGCCCUGCGGGAGGUCAAAAUCACCCAUAGGCUGCUCCAUGAAAAUGUGGUCCGGGUUCAUGAGGUUUUGGCGCCAUAUGGAAGGCCACUUCCCCGAGAUCCAACCCAGCUCAGCGCCCUGUACAUUGUCCAGGAGUGCAUGGAGACGGAUCUGGCUCGGCUGCUGGAACAAGGGCCACUGUCCACAGGUCACGCUACUCUGCUGUUCUACCAGCUGCUGAGGGGACUAAAGUUCAUCCACUCAGCUAACGUCCUGCACAGAGAUCUAAAGCCUGCCAACAUAUUCAUCAACACAGACCAGCUGCUGCUCAAGAUCGGAGAUUUCGGGCUGGCCAGGAUAGUCGACCCUCACUAUUCUCAUAAGGGCUAUCUGUCCGAGGGUCUGGUAACUAAGUGGUAUUGUUCCCCACGUCUGCUCCUAUCCCCCAACAACUAUACCAAGGCCAUAGAUAUGUGGGCCGCGGGCUGUAUACUGGCUGAGAUGCUCACUGGACGCAUGCUGUUUGCAGGAGCUCAUGAGUUGGAGCAGAUGCAGCUGAUUCUCAACACAGUGCCAGUGUUGAGAGAGGAGGACAGGCAGGACUUGCUACAGGUGAUGCCUUCAUAUGUCAGUCGUGGAUGGAGAGUCAAGAAACCCUUUUCUGAAUUGCUCCCUGAAAUGGAUGCUCAAGCUGUGGAUUUCCUUGAGCGUAUCCUCACCUUUAACCCCAUGGAUCGGUUAACAGCCGAAGCAGCGCUGUCCCAUCCUUUCCUCCAGCAGUACUCCUGUCCAGAGGAUGAACCCACCUCAUCGCAUCCCUUCCGCAUCGAGGACGAACUGGAGGACAGCCUCAUCACCGAGCAGAGCCUCAGCAACAGCAACAGUCAGGCCUCUAGCAUCCACUGGGAUAGGUAUGAGAACAGUUUAUCAACAGAUGUGUGCUGGCAGCAGUCAGGCGGGAGGUGUCGCUGCAUGCCCCCUGGCCACAUUACCUCUGACUUGGGAGACACGGCGGAGGAUGAGGAGGUGCAGCGGGACCCCCGGGCCAGUUCCACCUCACUGUUAGAGGAGGCUCAGGUCGACCCACGCAAAUAUUCCCACAGUAGCUCAGCUGAACGCUUCCUGGAAAACUCUCACUCCUCUCUGGAACGGGCCUGUGGUUUGGGGUACGGAGAACUGGACUGUGGCCGCUCCUGUGACUACAAAGUGGGCUCUCCUUCAUAUCUGGAUAAAAUUGCCUGGAGGGAGGGCAAGCCUCAACACUACUCAGAGCCUAAGCUGAUACUGGAUCUGUCUCAUUGGAAGCGUAACACUAACACCCUUCCUUUGCCUGCUGAGCCCAUUGGUGGCAGCGUGGAGGACCUGGGAGAGAAGAAGGAGGAGGAAGUACAAGAGGAAGAAGACGAGGAGACGGGGGAUUUAUUCCAGGAGAUCUCUCGCUGGGUGCAGAGCACCCAGUCUCGUCUGCACUCGCCCAGUCCCAGUCCUUCUUUGGAGCCACGGUCACCCUCCUGCUACACCUCUUCUCCCCCUCUCCCUCUCUCCCCAACUGACCUCCCAACUCCAGUCUUCCGCUACACAGAGGUUGUGCGGCAACCAUCAGCUGAAUAUGAUGAACACAGACUCAGCCCACUUCCACCUGUUACAUCCUCCUCGAAUUCCCUUCCCUCACUUCUCCCAUCAUCCCCCACCUCUCCACUUCCUCCUCAAUCACCUCAAACAGUUUCUCCCCCCACCUCACCACUUCUUCCUCCCUCAGAAUCUCAGCCCCUUUCCUCUACUUCCUCCAUUUCUCAGCCAGUAGAUGGCAACUCCGUGGAGUCACUUCCUGUCAAGCAAAAAGAGCGGCUUUUUGACCUGGAUGUGUUCAUAUCCCGAGCACUGAAGCUGUGCAGGCAGAAUAAGGAGAAAGCAGACGGGAAAAAAGGAAAAGAGGCAGGGUGGAAGGACGAGAGCAAACAGCCAAACAUUAACCGAAAGGUGCCCAGGUUUCCAGAGCACAGGACUCCACCACCACAGACUCCUAACUCUUGAUGUUGAAUUUCAACUUCAGGCCCACCACAGUAUACCAUCAUAAUGGCACUUCCAAAUGCUAAUAGUGCUUUACAUAGUGAGGUGUGUCCAUGGUUGAAUAUGCUGCUUAAACUUUAGACCUUAGUGGUAGCAGCUGUUGUCUUUUUGGUACAACUGCAAUGACAUGCCACACAUGGUGACUAAAGCCCUCACUUAAGCAAUCCUGCAACUUUGUCAAGAGGUCCUCUCAGGUAAGAAGAGGUCAGAAAGUAUUUGGGUUAAAUGUAAAUAACCAUGCUCAGCAUUGCAAAUAAUGAUUUGUUCUACAUGAGAAUAUUUAGAAAUGAUCAGCUAAUUAAUGAUUUUGGUAAUACUGGUUUGCUAUCAUUUGCUAAGUUAAAGCGGGGUCAUACUUUGUCUCGAUAGCAACAUAUUCUGUGAUGCAAACACUGGCAUAUGACUAAGACGGAACAGUCGACCUGUGAACAAGAGUUAUUCAGGCUACUGAUGACAGUAACGUACUGCAGAGGGAUCGUUUGGUUUGUUUUAAUUUUGCUUAGUUUUUUUUUUUGUGUACUCUUGCUGCGUGGCAGUGAUUCAGUUAUUUCUUGAAACGUCAGACUGUCUUCCAAAGGUGAUGUUCACCAAAUAAUGAUAGUGACACUGGAAAUGCUUCUUCCAAGUUUCUCUGAAUGUAUUAACUGAAAAAUAAUCAGUCAAAUUAUGCUACACCGUGACCCGUAAGGAUUUUAUUUGAUGCUGUUUUAACACUCCCGCGGUGACUUAAUGAGCUCUGUCACCGACACAUGCCUUGUAAACUUGUAUAAAACUGUUGUAACAUUUAAUUCUAUAGUAUAUUUCCCAAGACUCUUGUCUUGAUAUUCUUGUGUUUAAAAUAUUCUUGUUAGUUUCUUAGAGUACUAGAGCACAAUUUUAUGUUAACUUGGAGUGAGUUGUAUUUUGUUUAAAUGUGGAAUGCUCUAUGGUAAUAAUUUAUGGCUUUUCAGCAAACUUUGCUCUAGUUCAAUCGUAAACAGUUUCAUAUCCUGUCUGCCCGAUGCACCAAACAGAAGAUACUAUCCUCUCUGUAUGAGACAGCCAGGUUUCUGUCACCAUUUUUCUUGCUUCAUUGUUAGCCACAGAAAGUUCUAAUUCAAACAACAGUGGCCUAUAUUUUGGAGAAUGUAGAUCCUUUACAACCUUUAUAGGAAAUUAUUUGUACUCAAAACUUCUCACUGCUGCCCAGUAACCAUUUUGACACAUGGAAGAGAAAAUAAAUAAAACAUAUUUUUUGAAAUACUUUUCUAUCCAACAUGUUAGACAGUAGACCCUCAGAAUGUUAUUUAUUCUGGCAUCCGAUGACCUCACCACCAAGGUAACCAAAUCAGGUAAAAGAUACAGUCAGAAGUCAUUAACAGAUGAAGGCUGUUGGUUUGUGUCUCAUACUGUCUCAGUCAAGUGCAUCUGACAUUCACUUGUCAAACUAAAAAAACUAAUAGCGAGCACAUGGAAAGGCUGUACAUACAGGGGUACCGCUAUUGGGAAUGUCGGAGGCACAAUAUUGAGAUGUAAAAAACACUUCCCAGGACAGCUACAACGUCCCAAAAUAAGAUGUAUUUAUUCUAUUUUGUGAUCUUUCAGUCCAACACCUGAUACCUAUUCAGAUUAUAUCAACUUCCAGUCAGUUACCAACAAGUCUUUCAUGCCCUCUUAAAAAUUAAUUUCAGUCUAUGUGAUCCAUGCAAGCUGCACACAGAAUAUUAUCCCUUUGUAUGCAGCACCCACAGGGAUAAAUCUUAAGAAUAAAUGCUUUAUGUUCUCUUUUCAAAUGGUUUUGCAAAAGGCUGACUUUCAUAAUAUCUGCACCCUGUAUACACACUGUAGCCAACAUACACAGGUUGUGAGCAGAUCAUCAUUUGCGCAACACAGUAUGACGUCCUAAGGAUAGAGCCAUAUAUGAGAAUUGCUGACAGUACAACCAGUGAUACUGCAAAGCCAGGUAUGUUCUUUUAUAGUCAUAAUAGACAUGAAGCACAUUUAGAGUCACUAGCACAUUCAGAAAUACAGGUUUUCCUCAGUGAGUACUGAGAUUCCACCACUGUCUAUGUUAUUUUAAGUUAUUAAGCAUACCUGGGCUGGAUUGCUGGAUGAACUGACAGGAGUGUUCAUGUCAUGGAAAAAGUACAAACUGUCCAUUUUCUGGUUCAGAGCCAUUUAUCUCUUAAUUGAAAAAGAUAAAAGCUGUGCUAAACUAAUUAAACAGAGUCUAGUUUUUAACCUGUACAGGUUUAAUGAUCACAUGUACAGUUUCCUCUGCAGGUAACCUAAGCCAGCAAUAACAUCACUGACGCAUAACACAAACAUACUGUAACACCUGUGGAUACUGAGCCUAAGUUAAUUCAUUGAAGUGGGUGAAGCAGUGUAGAAAAUGUGCCUCUGUACACCUCAAUGCUUCAAGCUUGCUGAAUGUAACAUAUCCUCCCCCGUCUGCAUGGCUUUCACAACUAUUCAAACAGCUUAAACUUUCAUUAUGUGUCACUUUGUGAAACAGUCAGAUUUCUGUGGGCUCUUAUUUCCUUUGUACUCAUGCUUCACAGAGGUACCAGCUUCUCAUUUGAGAACAGUUGAGGUUUUUAAAUGCUCAGUAUUGAUUGAUAUUAUCUCUUUUUGCAGUUUCUGU